AUGUCAACAAAAGCUGAACUCGUUACUUCAAUCGACGAAGUAUUCAAGCCUUUGUCGCAGUCAGACAGCAACACCACUGUCACCCUUCAAACGGUCUUGGACCGUCUUGAUAGCGUAUCUGAUCCACAUGCAUGGGAAACAUUAGAGAGAAAACUUGCAAUCACUUCGACUGGUGGCUUAGAAUUUAACGGUGAAGCCGACUCUUUCGACACUAAUACCUCACCAACUACUACCACUACCACUACCUCUACAACAACAGUAUUGAAGGUCAAGAUCACGGACCAAGACAAGGAGGCGCUGCAUGCGAGCUUUGAGAAGUUAGAUAGUAGCAAGUUUUGGAUGCUGCAGGCGACAAAAAUGGAGGCAGAGCGCCAAGGCAGCAGGGCUGAAUCAGUCAAGGAGAAGGCGAUGAGCUUCACCUUUCCAUCAAUGUCUUUAAUUUUAGACAUCACUGAUGACAAUUGGCAAAGUGAAUUUAGCGAAGAUGAGUUGGAAGAAGUGUCCUUGAAGGGUGGACCUUUGGAAGAGUGCAAGGUGCCAGAGGAGUUAGCGUCGACAUUCAAUGAAUUGAAAGAAAUGAAGUCACCGUUAGAAGUAUUCAUGUAUGCUCGCAGAAUGCCAUUAAAUCCAUGCGAUGAUUCACUCAAGGUUUGGCUGUCAACAGAGCUGCAAAACGUAUUAAGGCCGUUUCUCAAAAAAAAGACACUCGACAUCACUAGCAUUCCAGAAGCAGAUCAGCUCUACAAGUUUCUUGGCUUUUUUGCCACCAUCUUUGAGGAUACGCUGAUUACUGCUAAAGGCUCCGAAAAGUCAAGCGAAAGCAGUGGAAAUGGCAAAAAUGCAAAGUGA